AAAUGACCUGUGCGGAGCUCAUUCGGUUUCAGUACUCGUAGGUGGUUCACACAGUUGACAUAGGGCGCAUGACAAAAUUACAUCAUGUCAAGGCUAAAGGUAAACUUAAUCCUAAGCCUAUUAAUGUUAAAUGGCGCCAGAGGAAGGGUGACCAAGUCCGGUUCAAGAGUUGUCUGGGACGAUUCGCGGGCAGAUAGAGCCGAUUACUAUCCCGCAAGUCCAUUGAUCUGGCCGCGCCUUGACAACUCUCCCCUCUUAUUGCAAAACGGAAACAACGCCGAGCAGCGACUCCCGAUUAUCAAAAGAUCCGCUGAUAUUACAGAGGAAUUCACGGGUACAAUACGCGAACGUCGCGGUGUUGCGACGGAUGCCAGCAUCGAGAAAAGUGCUACCUCCAAAGGCUUACGCGAGGCUAGGAUGAGCUCCCCAGAGACUUGGUCGCAACAGUCUUCGUCGGCGCAGUUCCGGCAUCGUGGCAACCUCGACCAACAAUUCGGCGGCUACGAAGGGAGUAGCAACACCGGUGACAGUGAGGAGACUGCCAACUUCCCCAUCCCCGUCAAGAGCCAUUACGCCCCGAAGACUGACUUCGUCACCAGUGCCCGCGCUCGAACUCCCAUCGAUGCGCGCCAUCUCGCUUACUUGGAGGGCCGCGAAUCUCGCGAUGUAACGAUUACCCACACGUAUGAUGAGUACGAUGUGCCCAUUUUCCGGAAUAUCGUACGGGAGCAUGACUUCGAUGUCCAGAUACCUAGGAAUUACUAUUACCCUAACCGCUAUGGUGCUCAGAGAGAUUAUUAUUAUCGAGGAUCCGGAGGCGGAGCCGGUGUCGCGAAUCCAUACGUGUACGAUCGUUAUCGUGACGAGGAAGAAGAUUACGAAUUGUACGGUAGAUUUAAACCAACGCCCAAGCCUAAGAGAAUCAUUUACUAUGCAACUCUGCCGGAAAUUGUUAGAAAACCGGUCGACUUGAGAAAUUAUCCGAGACCCUACGAUGCAUUUGUACGUCCAGAGAUUCAAGUUGGGACAGAAAGAAAUAGAGUGACAACGAAUACCGUUGAAUCUAGUAGGAGACCUCCUCGAUAUCCUUAUGACAACUAUGACAAUUAUGUAAAAAGAUCGAGCUAUUAUGAUCGCAGGAAGCCUCCCUAUGCUGCAGGUUUAGAAAGUCGACCUAGAGGAUCUGACAGAAGUCGAUUAAACUAUAAGGAUAAAAUGCGAAAUGAUGAUCAAAAAUUAGAGAAUCAAAUAUCACGAUCAGGUGAUAACUAUCGCCUUCCCUGGUCAGUCCAAAUAGGCACGGAACUUAACGUAAAAGAUAAUGAAAGGAUUCCAGGACGAAAAAUUUUCGGUCAGAUAGAAGAUUAUGAAAGGUAUGAGGGAUCGAGAGUAAAAAUGACUUCGGAAAAUAUUCAUAGAAAAGAAGACAAAAAUGAAGAUGAUAAUAAUAAUAAUAAUACGAAGAAGAACCAUAGUGAUAAAUAA